UUUUUUUACCUCUCCCCACUCGGUGUCUCGUAGUUUAAAAUGGCGGCGUUGAGCAGCGCCGAGUCUCCACCGGCCGUCUUUAACGGAGAGCCGAUGGCGCACGACGCGGAGCGGGGACCGGGGCCGGGACUGGAGGCGCUGAGCGCGGGAUUCAGCUCGGUGUGCACGGCGUGUUCCGCGUCCGCCGAGGCCGAGCAUCGCCACGACAUUCCCGAGGAGAUAUGGAAUAUCAAACAGAUGAUUAAGCUGACUCAAGAGCACAUAGAGGCACUUCUGGACAAGUUUGGUGGUGAACACAACCCUCCGUCCAUAUACCUGGAGGCUUAUGAAGAGUACACAAGUAAACUCGAUGCUUUACAGCAAAGGGAGCAGCAGCUACUGGAGGCCAUUGGGAAUGGCACAGAGUUCUGCUCCUCCCCAACCCCGGCACCGCUGGAGGUCCGGUUGGGGGCGACCCAGAGUAUGGCUGCAACCCCCAACACCUUGACAGUGUUGCAGACCCCGAUUGACGCUACCCGUGCUAACCCACGGUCGCCCCAGAAACCCAUCGUCAGAGUCUUUCUUCCCAAUAAACAGAGAACAGUGGUUCCAGCACGUUGCGGGAUGACCGUAAGGGACUCAUUAAAGAAGGCUCUGAUGAUGCGAGGUCUGAUCCCAGAAUGCUGUGCUGUCUACAGGAUUCAGGAUGGAGAGAAGAAGCCCAUUGGCUGGGAUACAGACAUCUCUUGGUUAACUGGGGAGGAGCUUCAUGUUGAGGUUUUGGAGAAUGUUCCUCUGACAACCCAUAAUUUUGUGAGGAAGACCUUCUUCACGUUGGCCUUCUGCGAUUUCUGCCGGAAGCUGCUUUUCCAGGGCUUCCGCUGCCAGACAUGUGGCUACAAAUUCCACCAGCGCUGCAGCACCGAGGUUCCGCUCAUGUGUGUCAACUACGACCAGCUGGAUUUAUUAUUGACAUCCAAGUUUCUGGUACACCACCCAAUCACCCAGGAGGAGGUGUCAUCAGAGGGCACUACCCCUGUGUCAGAGGUGUGUCCAUCUAUCCCACCAUCUGACUCCAUGGGGUCGCUGUGCCAUCCGACCGUAUCUCCGUCCAAAUCCAUUCCCAUCCCACAAAGUUUCCGGCCAGGGGAGGAAGACCAUCGUAAUCAGUUUGGCCAGAGAGACCGCUCUUCUUCAGCCCCCAAUGUCCAUAUCAACACAAUCGAGCCAGUCAACAUAGAUGACUUGAUUCGUGAUCAAGGUUUACAGAGGUCUGAUGGAGGCUCCACCACUGGACUCUCGGCCACACCCCCUGCCUCCCUACCUGGUUCCCUGACCAAUGUGAAGGUGCCACAGAAGUCGCCGUGCCAACAGCGGGAGCGCAAGUCAUCGUCCUCAUCCGAGGACCGCAAUAAAAUGAAAACAUUGGGCCGACGGGACUCCAGUGAUGACUGGGAGAUUCCAGAGGGUCAGAUCACCCUGGGCCAGCGGAUAGGAUCCGGCUCUUUUGGAACUGUCUACAAGGGAAAGUGGCAUGGUGACGUGGCAGUCAAGAUGUUGAAUGUCACUGCUCCCACUCCUCAGCAACUACAGGCCUUUAAGAAUGAAGUAGGGGUCCUCAGGAAAACUCGGCAUGUCAAUAUCCUGCUCUUCAUGGGCUACACCACCAAGCCACAGCUGGCCAUAGUGACGCAGUGGUGUGAAGGCUCGAGCCUCUAUCACCACUUACACAUUAUAGAGACCAAGUUUGAGAUGAUCAAACUAAUCGACAUCGCCCGCCAGACGGCCCAGGGCAUGGACUAUUUACAUGCCAAGUCCAUCAUUCACAGAGACCUGAAGAGCAACAAUAUCUUCUUGCAUGAGGAUCUGACGGUUAAGAUUGGUGAUUUCGGUCUGGCUACAGUGAAGUCACGCUGGAGUGGAUCACACCAGUUCGAGCAGCUGUCAGGAUCAAUCCUUUGGAUGGCUCCUGAGGUGAUCCGACUGCAGGAUAAGAACCCGUACAGCUUUCAGUCAGAUGUCUACGCUUUCGGUAUCGUCCUGUAUGAGCUCAUGUCGGGGGCGUUGCCUUACUCCAACAUCAACAACAGAGACCAGAUCAUCUUCAUGGUCGGCCGAGGUUACCUCUCUCCUGACCUGAGCAAAGUGCGCAGCAACUGCCCCAAAGCCAUGAAGAGACUCAUGGCUGACUGCUUGAAGAAGAAAAGAGAGGAGCGACCUCUGUUCCCUCAGAUCCUCGCCUCUAUUGAGCUGUUGGCACGCUCACUACCCAAAAUCCACCGCAGCGCCUCAGAACCAUCCCUCAACCGCGCUGGCUUCCAGACGGAAGACUUCAGUCUGUACGCUUGCGCCUCGCCAAAAACACCUAUUCAGGCUGGAGGCUAUGGAGAGUUUUCAGCUUUUAAGUAGUGCUGCCGACUCGACACUCAUCCCUGGUCACUUUUUCAGAUGUCUUGUGUUCCUACAGUGGGUUCAUCCUUAAAACCGAAAAAAAAAACACACCUAGUUUCGAAAGAAUGUGCUGUUUUUUUGUUUUUUUUUCCUUCCUCUUUACCCGAAAAGCAAUGGUAUUGACGGAAUCACUAUUUAAAAAAAAAAAAAAAAAAACGGAUAAAAA